CCCCGGUGCUGCAGCGGCGGCCCCGCCCGCCCCCCCGCCCCGGGACCGGCCCGGGCACCCCGGCCAUGGAGACCCGAGCGGCCGGGCCGGGGGGGGCCGGCUACAACGAGGCCUUGCUGCACAAGACGAUCCUGGUCGGAGACAGCGGCGUGGGCAAAACAUCUCUGCUGGUCCAGUUUGACCAGGGCAAGUUCAUUCCUGGCUCCUUCUCCGCCACCGUGGGCAUUGGUUUUACGGUGAUGUUACUUGGAGACUCAGGCGUGGGGAAAACCUGUUUCCUGCUCCAGUUCAAAGACGGGGCCUUUCUCUCCGGGACGUUCAUAGCCACCGUGGGCAUAGAUUUCCGGAACAAAGUGGUGGCGGUGGAUGGUGUGAAGGUGAAGUUGCAGAUCUGGGACACGGCAGGCCAGGAGCGUUUCCGCAGCGUCACCCAUGCCUACUACAGGGAUGCCCAAGCCCUGCUCCUGCUCUACGAUAUCACCAGCAAGAUGUCCUUCGACAACAUCCGCGCCUGGCUGACAGAGAUCCAUGAGUACGCCCAGAAGGACGUGGUCAUCAUGCUGCUGGGCAAUAAGGCUGAUGUGAGCAGCGAGAGGGCUGUGAGGACGGAGGAUGGAGCAUCGCUGGCCAGGGAGUACGGGGUGCCCUUCAUGGAGACGAGCGCCAAGACAGGCAUGAACGUGGAGCUGGCCUUCCUGGCCAUUGCCAAGGAGCUGAAACAGCGCGCGGUGCAGCCGCCGGACGAGCCGCGCUUCCAGAUCCACGACUACAUCGAGUCGCAGAAGAAGAAAUCCAGCUGCUGUGCCUUCGCCUAAGAGCGGCAGGGAGGAGCCAGCAGCCCCAGGGGCGCAGGCAGGCAGGAGGCAGAGCAGGGCCCAAUCCUGCCCUCAAGGGUCCGAGGGAAGCAGGCUCUGCCAAGCCAAGCGUGGACAGGACAGUACAGCGGCGCACGAGGAGAGCCAUCGCCCCGGCACGGGGAUCACGGGGCCGGAUCCUGCCGCCCUGUGGGGCAACGCCUGGAGCUUACUGCGUGCCCCCAGGGAAUAACUGCGGUGUGAUGACUGCCAGCCCGGCCAGCGAGCCACGGGGAUGCUUCCAUCACCCGAGCAGGAUGCAGGAUACGGCCCCACGCCGAGGGCCCUUCGGUGCAGCUGGAGGGGCCGUGUGUGUGCCAUGGAUGAGCCCCCGUGCAGCCCCCAGCCCUUUCGUCUCCUUCAGCCAUCCCGGAUGAAAGAGCCUGAUCCAGCCCCCAUGUCCCCGGUGCUGCCGGGCUCUGGCUUCCCUCUGCCCCACGCCGGGGUGCAGCCGGUGCCCACGCUCGGCCGUGGCUCCUCGCCGCUGUGGUUGCUGCUGUCGGCUUUUAUCCUCCUGCCACCACGAGGGCAGCGAUGUCCCCGUUGUGUCCCUGUUCCUCCAGAGGGAAGGGCCAGGAUGGGGAAGCAUCCAGCCAAGCCUGCUCCCUGCCCGUGCAGCUGGCAGGAGAAAUAAAACUCCCCUGGGAGCACCCGGGUGAUGUUUGGGGCACUUCCUGUACACACGGCAAUUUGGAAAAACCUUUAUUUCUCCCCUCUCGUAGCCACAGGAUUAGAGAUUUUUUUUUAAUGAGAAAAAAACUUUUCAAUCCAGACAAAACCAUCUCUGGCUUCACAUAGGCUGGAGUUGGUGGGGAGGAGGUGCCCGCAGUGGCCUGGGGCUGCUGUGCCUGCUGGCUCCCAGGGCGGACUGGGUUUCUCCCAUCCCUGCACGUGUAACACAACUGUUUCUUCCCGCUGUUGGCAAAUAGCAGCUGAAACCCACUCUCUGGAGACCAGAUGCUUGAGAUGCUUCAGCCAGCAAACUCUGCUACAUUGGGCACCAGCGGGGCGCAGGGUGCAAGACUUGGGCCCCGCAUUGCUGCACGUCCCCGGCGCUCAGCCUGGCCCUGCCGACCCCUCAAGCACGCUGCCGGCUCCCCCAAGCACUACCUGGGGUGGUGAGACAGGGAAUAUUUGGUCACGUAGCUGAAGAGCUGAUGUGAAGGGCAGCUGCGGAGGGUAUGGCACUGCUGCAUGUAGGAGUUGGGGACUGUCCGGCACAUCCGUCCCUGUCAGCAUCUUCCCUGGCCCUGCGCCCGAGCCGCUUGUCUCCCACCUGCCCCGGUGCCUCCUUCGCCUCAGCUCUGCUCCCAGGUCUCUCUUUGCAAGUUUACAGAUUAAAGCUGGGUAUUUUUGA